UGUCUAAAAGCAGCUACGGAAAACCCUUAUCCUCAUUUCCAUGAGGAAGGAAACAUCAAGAUUGGCCCUGAAACCCAGAAUUUUCAGCAACCGUUCCUACUUCAACGGGAAAAUUGAGAAAAGAGACUUUUCCAGAAACCAGUUUUGCCCUGGAAUGCUCAAAUGUUCAGAAGAGACUGAAGACCAAGGAAACAUCAGACAAACAGUUCAAAACGCUGUCUCCUGGGGAUCUUAACUGUGGGAGAACUUGGAUAAAAGUCACGGCAAAAAGAGCAGUCUUUCACAAAAAAAGAGAGAACAAGGGCUGAGCAACAGCAACUGUUAUCAUGUUUGGCUACCCAUCAGCAGAAGGAAAGAGCUGGCUCCACAGAACCUACGGGACUCCUCAGGGGUCUGCAGGGCAGCUGAAGAGUCGUUUGGAGGAUCUGAAAAAGCCAUGGCGGACAGAAGUCACUCCUUCAACAUUACAGCACAGUGAGACUGCUAGACUGGCUGUGGAUGCCUUUCUGGAGCAGGGUGAAUCUGGCUACCUGCAAGCCAUUGUUCAAGAAAAGGAGCUGCCAUUUCUUUCAACGUUAGACAUGGAUUACAUGAACCAACACAGCCAAAGCAUCACAGGUUCUUCCAUUAACGGACAUGAGGCAGGGCUCACAAGAGAAGAUAGUAUAGACAGAGAUUCUCUUCUUUCUGAAGUUACAUCUGGGACCUACUUUCCAUGUAUGUCAGAUAUUGAUCCCCCAGAAUUGGAGCUGGGUUGGCCAGUGGUGCCCCCCGUCUCCUGGUUUGAGAAAACAGAAGUCAAUUUGUAUUUUCAAAGAGACAAGGCAAACAACAUUAAGGAAUUAUUCCGAUCUCUAAUAAGCAAGGCCAAGAGAGUGAUUGCGAUUGUGAUGGACCUCUUCACAGAUAUGGAAAUACUCAGUGACCUGAUGGAAGCUUCAGGCAAACGACAUGUUCCUGUUUACUUGAUCCUUGAUGAAAAGAACUUGAAUCACUUUGCAGAGAUGUGCAGUAAAAUGGAUCUCACUAUGGAUGACUUCCCAAACAUGCGUAUACGCUGUGUGAGCGGAGACACAUACUACAGUAAGGCUGGCAAGAAGCUUGCAGGACAAGCUCUUGAGAAAUUCAUGAUGAUAGACUGUGAACAAGUCCUUGCUGGGACCUACAGUUUUACAUGGCUAUGCAGCCAAGUCCACACCUGCCUGGUGACACAGUUCAAAGGAAAACCUGUUGAGGACUUUGACAGAGAGUUCCGAUGUGUAUAUGCUGAAUCUAUAUCUGUGAAUAAACUCAGUGCCUCCAGUGCUGAAAGACCCACUUCCUCUCCUUACAGAGACUUACAGAAAACUGAGCCGGUUUUAAAGCAUACUCAGAUGACUGAGAGUGAUACCUCAAGCCCUUCCAGUAGCUCCUCCAACUCCAGCGUAGUAAGCAUUAAAAAAUCGCCAUAUCGAAACCAAGCGACCUCCACUGUACCUUGUGAGAAGAAAGAAGUGGCUGCUGGUGAAACAAGAAAAGAUACACUCGGCUUCCUGAGGCUUUGUGACUUGAAACACCAGCCCAGAGAGCAGCCAAACUCUACUUACAGCACAUCAGCAAAAUUUAAUGCUCCAUUUGAUGACAAAUCUAAUCUUCUAAGAUUUAAGGCAUCUUUGCUGUCAGUAUCUUCACCAAUGCUAGACACCAACACAAGAUAUGGGCAUGAUUUGCAACUUGGGACUGAGGAUACUGGACUAAACAACAAGUUUCAUUAUGCUGCUCAGCCUAUGGAAGAUGUAAGCAAAAUACAGAAGGAUGAGAAACCCAUAACUCACAGAUACACCAAACUAGAUCUCCUUACCAAGCCUUUCAAUGCAAUAAAUAGUGAGAUGAGAUUUACAGUCCCCACUACUACUCCUGGCCUCUGUGAUGAUGUGCCCAUGGAAAACAAAAGCCAUAUACAGAGGAGUGACAAAAGGAUGACUCUCGGUCAUAGUAAAUUGGAUCUGAUUACUAACUAUAACAAAUCAAAAACAAAGCAAAUUCACAGUCGGUUUGAACUGUAAUCUGUGUUCUGGGGUUUUAGCAAGUGGGUAACAACUGCAGGCAUUAAAUCCGUAAUAACAAUAUGGCAGUUCAAUGACCCAUAUUUUUAAUUGGUCUAGGUUUCAGAUUUGGCUGAACAAAAGCUGAGAAGGCAUCACAGCAAGUACAAAAAACAGCUCUAUGAUAGAAACAGGAUGAACUGUCCUCUGAUACUGGAGGCUUCUAUAAUGAAUUAAAGUAUAAGAUAUUAUCAAAGCUUUAAAAUGGAUGUCAGUGGACUUCUUUGAAUUGUUCUGCCUUAUGGGUAUAACAAAUUGUUCUUGAAAUCAAUGGAAGGGCAGCCAUUAUUUCCUGGUACGGUUUGAAGACAAAGAACAUGAUCCACCCAUACUAAAGUACAGGCAUAGAGGGUACACUUAAUCCUGCUCUUUGGCAGGUCCAAACUCUCACUUUGCCUAUUAAGGACAAUCCUGCAAGCCUUCGUAUUCGGAGCUGCUACAGAUAGCAAUAGCAAGGAUACAUAGAUCUGUGGUUUGAAAGGUGAGUCCCCUGCCCACCUCUCCAGUACUACUCCUUCCUCACUUCUCUUCCCUUCUCUCCCUGUUGUGGCACACAGGUAUUAAUGUGUACUAUCAUGCAACAUACAAUACACACACACACAAUAUAUAUAUAUAUAGUUUUUUAAAAAUAAAUUAUUUUGCAAUCCUGCAAUAUGAAAUUAUGUGAAACUACUAUUUAAAUCCCUGUGCCAUGUCAAUCACAGCCUCUGU